AUGAGCAUGUCCUCUGAUAUCGAUUGGUCUCUUCGGCCAACUUAUUCGCCGGAUCAGCUCAGCCAAUAUUUUGACCGAAUCAACUUCCCUCAGAAGUAUCGCGAGUCGCCUGUAAUUAAAGAUGGCCCAGGUAUUGACACCCAAGCCGCCUUGUCUCUCUUGGAGGCGUUGCAGCGAUAUCAGCUAGCAGCUGUGCCUUUUGAAAACCUUAGCCUCCAUUACUCAGUCCACCGCAAUAUCUCCAUAGAUGCCCAGAGCAUUUUUGAAAAAGUCGUGGAUGCCAAGUCCAAUCGGGGCGGCUACUGCAUGGAGAACAAUGCUCUAUUCGGGACCGUCUUGCGGAGCUUGGGAUACAAUACGACCUCAAUUGGAGGACGGGUCAACGAAGCCGUACAGCCUAUGGCAGCAUCGAAGAAUUGGAAAGGCCCCAAAUACCAAGGAUGGAACCAUAUGAUCAAUAUUGUCGUUAUUGGUGAGCAAAAGUACCUCAUAGAUGUGGGAUUUGGCUCCAACGGACCACACCGGCCCAUUCCAUUACUCCAUGGGUUUGGAUUCCACAACGUGGGUGAACAAACCGGGCGGUUGAUCUAUGAACCAAUGGCUCAACAAACGCUCAAGGGUCAACCUCUUUGGCAGUAUGAAAUCAAUCACGGGGACGAGACAUGGAUACCCGCCUACUGCUUCACCGAGGUUGAGUUCCUUCCUGAAGAUUUCACAAUCAUCAACUACUAUGUGAGUCACAGCCGGGAGAGCUGGUUCACUUUCCACGUCGUGUGCGUACGAAUGCUCCUCGAUGAGAAGGGCGAGACCAUUGUGGGAGACUUGACGCUGUUCAAUGAUACCCUGAAACGGCGUAUUGGAGCAACGUCUGAGGUGUUGCAAUGCUUUGCCUUUGAGGAGGAGCGUGUGGCGGCCUUGGAGAGAUACUUUGAUAUACAUCUCUCCAGCGCAGAUCAAGCGAGUAUUCACCACACCAUCUCGGAGAUUUUACUCCAUCACCAUUCCGCCUCUCCCGCCGCAACCCACCCACGCGCCGCAGUGGCCCUCAAUUCGCCCCCCACACCUCGGUUUCUGCUAUCACAAAGUGCAACACAGAAGGAAGAUGACGAUCUUGAUGUGAUAGAUGACGAUGAGCCAUCUUCAACGCGUGAAGUCGGGCAUAACCCACCUGCUCCCCAGAGUGCCACCCGCUCGCGCCAACAACGCGACGUGAUCGAAGACUCGGAUGAUACCGCAGAUAUCGGAGAUGUAAGAAUUAGAGGGAGAGCGCCAGUCCAUCUACCAGAUGAUACCGUAGACAGCACUCCUGAGGAACCAGAUACUCCGGGCAUCCUGGAUACCGAGUUCGACGCAUUGUUUGCGCCGGUCAGAGACGGGAAUAAACGCCGCCGUGUGGAAGGAAGUACGCCCUUCAAUCAAAGCAGAUCUAAGCAGCUUGAUCAAAUAUUGUCAUCACCACCAGCAACUGCGUACUCCCCAACCAAUUCCCUCGAUUUGCCCGAUGAAUACAAGCAAAGCAAUACGACAUGGGAUAUGGGUACUCAAAGAACUCCUGCACCAAGUGCACGUCCAUUUGCAAUAAAUGCAUCAGCCCAAAACGAUAUUCAAACACCGUUCCGCAGUCGUCCUCGGUUUAUGCUUUCCUCGACAGCGAAGCCUCCCAGUAGCCAGUCCGCACCCAAAUUCAAAUUAGACACACCGGGCAUAUCGCCGCCUGAGAGACGGAAACCGGCUUUUGUCUUACCUCGAUCCCCGUCGCCGAAUCCAGACGCAGAGGAUAUCCCUACACCGUUCUCUCCGUCUUCACGCACACUUCGCCGUCGUGGUCGAAACCGAGCUGGUGUAUCCAACUACAUGCCUGGCGGAAUGGCCGCUGAGGUACGCGGCUGGAUCCUGGAAAUGGGGACGAAACGUGACCAGUUGCCGAAACCACCUUUGGCUCCAGUGCCAGAUCCGCAGGCAGCGGAUGUCUCGUUAGAAAAGCUGAAGGUGUAUUUGCUAACUGCACGUGUCAUCAAUGUCAGCCAUUCAGCCUUGAGCGGCUGCGGCUCUCUCGCCUUUCUUCAAACAGAAUUGCUUAGUGGGAAUCAUGUGCAAGGGAAAAUCCCCAAUGUGACUUCGAAUAUCCUGGUUAUGGGGCCACCACGAUCUAAAUCUGCUGCUCGUCAAAUUGCAUCAGAUUCUGAUGCUUCUAUGAAAUCCCAUUUGCAGCAAGGGGACGUGGUGGGAAUUUACAGAGGGCUCAACUGGAACUUGGAGCUUGGGAACCACUUGUGCGAAAAUCGAUCAGCUGGUCAGGCAUCUGACCACAUGUCGGAGUGUGGUCCAUCUGAAAAUGGCGGACACCCAGAGACAAAAGAGAGCUGGCUUAUAGCCAUGGAAUGGGACCGCAUUGAAAUAGCUUCGUGA